UAGUAAAAUAGAAGAGGGGUGUUGGCGGCAGGGACAGCGUGGACGCGGUAAGGAGAGAUGGGAGACGAAAAGGUUAAGAAUGAAGCAAUGGAGAUAAUGGGAUUGUUCCAAGUUCUUCCUCGUCUCGUCGUCUUCGAUCUUGAUUAUACCCUUUGGCCCUUUUAUUGUGAAUGCCGUUCCAAAAAUGAAAAGCCAUCUAUGUAUCCUCAGGCCAAAGGUAUCUUGCAUGCCUUCAAGGACAAAGGAGUGAAUGUUGCUAUUGCCUCAAGAUCACCAACUCCAGAUGUAGCAAACGCCUUCCUUCAAAAACUGGAGAUAAAAUCAAUGUUUGUAGCCCAGGAGAUAUUCUCCAGUUGGACACACAAGACGGAACACUUUCAGAAAAUCAACCGAAAGACUGUGGUGCCCUACAAUGAGAUGCUGUUUUUUGAUGAUGAAAAUCGGAACAUAGAGGCGGUAAAAUCACUUUUUGUCAAUUGUAGCAAGCAUUCAGUUGAUUCAAAUAAUUACAUCACUCGUCGGUCUAGAUCAAAUAAAUGUUACAUGCAAAUCCUGGAGAUACACAUAAGUAAGCUAAAGCAGUAUUUUUCAGGUUUCAAAAAUGGGUGUCACAAGUAUAUUGGUGGGCAAAGGGGUAAAUUUAGGGGCUUUGAGGCAAGGACUCUCCGAGUUUGUUAAGAAUUCUGCUUCAGUUGAAAAGAACAAAGAACAAUGGCGCAAAUUCUCAAAAGAACCAGGUUCAUCCAAAAGUGAUGCACAGUGACGAUUCAGCAGUCCCCAGCACACAAAGAAAGGUAAUUCUUGGGACAUCAGUUGCACUAGUAGUCAAGAAUAUGGCACAAGUCCCGUAUCGAUUCAUCCAUAUCUGUUCUCAUUAAAGGAUCAUUGUCCAAAUUUUUGGACGUUAUUGUUGUAUGGAUAUUGACACUUUGAACUUGUUCAAUAGGGUAGGUUUCCUAUCCUAUGAUGUAAAACACUUUGGAUAGUGGGAAAACGUUUCAUCCACUAUGAUUCAAAAUUUGAAAAGGUUAUUUGUUGGUGA